GCAGCAGCCGCGAGCCCAGAGUCUGGAGCCGGGUGCCUGUGCCCGGCGGCCGGCGGCGAUGAAGGUCUGGAGCUCGGAGCACGUGUUCGGCCACCCUUGGGACACGGUCAUCAAAGCUGCUAUGAGAAAGUACCCAAAUCCGAUGAACCCCUGUGUCGUGGGAGUUGAUGUGCUGGAGCGCAGUGUGGACGGCAGCGGCCGGCUUCACAGCCACCGCCUCCUCAGCACUGAGUGGGGGCUGCCCGGCCUCGUGAGAGCGAUUUUGGGAACCACUAGGACUUUGACAUACAUCAAAGAACAUUCUGUUGUGGAUCCAGUGGAAAAGAAAAUGGAACUUUGCUCCACUAAUAUCACACUCACAAACUUGGUGUCGGUGAAGGAGAGGUUGGUGUACACACCCCAUCCAGAGAACCCUGAAAUGACUGUGCUCACACAAGAAGCCAUCAUCAGUGUGAAGGGGAUCAGCUUUGGCAGCUAUCUGGAAAGUUUAAUGGCCAGCACAAUAUCAUCUAAUGCAAAGAAGAUGCCUCACCUGAAAAAUCAAAGAGGAAAGAAAGAGAGAAAAAAGAAAGGAAGAAAAAAGCGAAUCCUGAAUACGGUUCAACAGCCCAGUCUGGGAGAGGUGUGGAAUCUCCUGGAACCUGCUGCCUGCCCACUCACAGCUUCCGCCAGGUUCCUCGUGAUGACCUCCCAGGACAGAAGGUCCAGCCGAGGCGCAGGUACAGUGCUGGGCCAUUGUAGAGUGAGACCCAGAGGAAGAAGACCUCGGACAGGAGAAAGACAAGGACCAUGAAGCUGACACUUUGUUGUCCUGACUGCUGGGUCAUGGUCCUGGGAGCCGGCCCUGCUCAGAGCCCUGUUGCCCCGUGCCAGUGUUUAGUCACAUUGUUCUUGUGCCUUGUCUAUUUUCUGCAUAGCAGCAGCUCCCAGCUCUUUCUGGCCAGUUCUUGGGAUCUCACUAAAUAGCUUUUCUCUUUUUAGAUAACUGCCUGUUUCCUUCCCAUGCCUCCUGAAUGACAGUCUUUACCACCAGCCUCUUCCCACAUAUUUGGCUACCAUCUGUCAUUUGAGAUGGUGCCGCCAUGUAUCCUUCUCUUCCCCUCAUCACUGUGCAAAAAAAUCUGCACAUGCUGCAUUAGGGCCUGCCCACCCUCAGUGGUGAUGUAUGGUUGACAGUACCGUGCGUGAGCUUUCCAGUCAGAGGUAGAAUUGGUCAGGAGAGCAAAGCACUCUCCUGGGCCUGCAGCUAGUUUGUCCUGCCAUCCUGGGACCAGCGACCCCAAGUGUUGACCUGACCAUUGAGACCUGUCCUCAGGGAGAGCCACUUGUUAGGCGGUGGCGGCAGCAGUGCCUGUGGUUUUAAGCAUUCUGCUGUCCUGUUAGACUCAAGGUACUUCCAAAUUGGGAGUUUUAAUUUUCCCAUUUUCCAAAGUAACAUGUACAGUCUCUUUCAAUAUGUUGCAAAUUAUAAAAACUUGAGAGAAGGCCUCCUCCAUAAAGGGUGGGUAGAACUGUGUUUCACUAUGUUUUAUUAGAUACUACUUUUUGUUUGAUAAUAGUACUUCCAAUCCAAAAUGAAAUCACAUUUUUAUCAGACUGUUGUAUGUACACAGUUUAAGGUAAAAUAGAGUUAAAAAAUUGAUGAUAAAAGAAAACUUACCCCUUCUUCACAGCAAAGUUCAGCCCUUCUGAGAGGACCCUGAGCUUCUUUGGCAGUUUCUGCCCCUUAUUGCUAGAUUUCUAAAUAAAUAAGCAUAUUGUACUAUUUCUUGAUUCAGCAAUUUUAGAUAUUAUCUGUUGACUUCCUCUUGUGGUGAAUUAUUAUUUUACCUCUCUUACAUCUUCUCUCCCUCCCUCAUUUCUCCAAUAUAGCUAUAUUAUAAUUUAUGGUGAAAAGUACAUUCAUAGGUUCCGGAAUUUUAAAAAUACAUUACUGUUUUUUAUUACCAAGCCAAACCUA